AUGACGAUGAAGGAAGGAGAAAGGGAGGCGGGUGAGAUGGAGGAGAAAUUAGGGCAAAGGGAGAGGGAAAAGAGAGAGAGGACAGAGGAGGCGGAGAAAGAAAAGAAAAGAAAGAGAAAUAGGAAGGGGUUAGAUCUUGUUCUAAAGAAAAAAGAGAAGCCCAAGUCUGUGAAAAAGGAUAACCCUGCUAAAUCCCCCAAAAGUUCGACUAAAUCUACCAAAAUGUCUUCAAGCACAGCUUCCAAAAGAGGUGCUUCUGGUGCUGCUUCGCUAGCAUCACCUAAGAUACAAAAAUUGGAAAAGAAUAAAAAGCAACAAGAAGGUAGCCAUUUCGAUGUAGAUUUGAUGCAUAGGAAAGCGGAGGUGAAGGCUAUAAUCACCGAUGUAAUAAAUACCAUGAGUGAUGAGGAAGAAGGGGAUGACCCUGAGGCUGGGGAUGAAGAUGAUGAAGAGAAAAAUCAAGAUCUUGUUCUAAAGAAAAAAGAGAAGCCCAAGUCUGUGAAAAAGGAUAACCCUGCUAAAUCCCCCAAAAGUUCGACUAAAUCUACCAAAAUGUCUUCAAGCACAGCUUCCAAAAGAGGUGCUUCUGGUGCUGCUUGGCUAGCAUCACCUAAGAUACAAAAAUUGGAAAAGAAUAAAAAGCAACAAGAAGGUAGCCAUUUCAAUGUAGAUUUGAUGCAUAGGAAAGCGGAGGUGAAGGCUAUAAUCACCGAUGUAAUAAAUACCAUGAGUGAUGAGGAAGAAGGGGAUGACCCUGAGGUUGGGGAUGAAGAUGAUGAAGAGAAAAAUCAAGGUGAUGAUAGUGAUGCUUAG